AUGGGAGUCCAACCAGACGCUGUGGAUUUUCUGUCCUUGAGACUCCCCAAGUUGACCCUGCAUGACUUCCCGUACGCAUGGGCAAUAGCCAUUGGCCUUCUCGGAUAUCUCGCCCUUGUUCGAGCCUUGCGUUUCCGUGCCCUGCACAAGCUGGAACGCGAAUAUGCCCAUCUCCUCAAAGACCCUUAUGUCAUGGACUACAAGGCAGCACACAAGAUCAUGCACCUGUCCAUGCUCUAUGACUUCCCCUUCAUAUUCGCCUUCAGUGGGCAAUUCUCACUCCUCAAGACGUUUGCCAUCGCCUCAGGUACCGAGCUGCUCGCAAAGACACGUCAACUCAGCAGUUGCCCGAACGUUGGCCGCCGCAUCAAUGACACCGCUCUCAUCACGACCGAGUUUGUCGUUGGCUCCAUGGACAGCGAGCGUGGAUCGCGGGCACUUGCAAAGAUGAACUGGAUGCACCGGCAGUAUGGAGACAAGAUCACCCAGCCGGAAAUGCUCCACACCUUGGGAGUCAACGUCUUGGAGGCCAUCCGCUGGGUCAACACCUACGAGUGGCGUGAGUUGACGUACUUGGAACAAGUGGCCAUGUUCGUCUACUGGAAGGAAGUCGGCAACCGCAUGGGAAUCAAGGACAUCCCGCCCACCAUCGAAAAGAUGGCAGAAUGGAGCGAGGAGUAUGAGAAGACGGCCAUGGUCUAUUCCGACAGUAACCGACUCUGCGCUGAUACUGCAGUUGAAUUUUUUCUCAAACAUGUUUCUCCUGGCAUGCGGGGCUUCUUCCGAAAGGUCAUGAUGGCUUUGCUUGAAGAGAGAACGCGGAAUGCGUUGGGAUAUCCAGCAGCCUCACACACCAUGGAAGUCCUUGUCUAUCGGUUCUUCCGCCUGCGUGCCUUUGUGGUCCGCAACUUCUUCCUCCCCCGCAUGCGACCGAUUGAUCCCCUCGCCAAAGCGGACAAGAAAUCUGGGCGGCUUCACCCGACGAAACAACAAAGUCUUGAGCCUUGGUACGUCAAGGACACGGCGUGGAAUAAACUCUCGGCCCUACUGUCAGGAGGCUCUCAAUACGUUCCUGGUCCAAAGUUCAAGAGCGAAGGCUACCUGCCCGAGGAGCUCGGCCCUGCAAAGUUCGAGAAGGUCUCGCGUGAUCCGGUCCUAAAAGAAGCAGAGGCCUUGAGGGCAUAUGCAGCUGAGGGAGGUGCCACAAUGAUUGGUUGUCCUUUUAAAUUUAACUAG